AUGGCCGCAGAAGAUUCAAGUACACCCACCUAUGUGCCCAAAAUAGAGGUGAACGCAGACGUCGAUCGCCUGGCAAUGCGUCCGUCCAACCCCUUCCAUCCGGAGGUUGAUUUCCCCAUUUGGGAAUGUCGGACUUGCUGUUUUCUUUGCGAUGUUUCCCCCAGGAACGCGAGUUCCUAUCUAAUCUCCCUACUGGACGACUCAGCUCUGCGUCAGUUAAUGACCACGGGAGUUCCACUAGACGCCUCUCCGAACGAUCUGUUCGCAGUCCUUCGACGGCUGUUCGACCAUCGCCAG